UUGAUUCAGGAGCGGUCAUGCUGGUCCAAAAAAUUGUGUAGGUCGCCGCCCGCGAGUAGUUAAUAGAAAAUUAAUCCAAAUUGUAUGAAUAAUAAAGUGCAAAUUCGCCCAAUAUUAGAAACCAAGUUCAGGCGUUGAUUAAACACUUUUUGCAGAGAACAGAAGUUUUGGACUUGUCGCCAGUUUCUGGGAAAAUCAAUCGCCCGACAUUCUUUUGUUGUUCUGCUGCUGGUUGUGUGUGUGCUUGCGAAGCGGCUGCAGUAGUCUGGCUUUCAAUCAAAGACUGGGAAACAUUGGGAGUUGUCGUGGGACAUUGGCUUUCACUUGAAGUCGAAGGCACCCAAAUACGGCUGCUAGUGAAAGCUGGCGAAGAUUUCUUUGCUCCAGGUCGUUGUUUAGACGCGUGCCAUGGCCGUUAGCUUCGAAAAGAAUCGGUCGCAGAUCGUGGCCGCUUGGAAGGAUGUGCUGGACGACAAGAGCGGUACUAACUGGUCUCUGUUCGGCUACGAGGGUCAGACCAACGAACUGAAGGUCGUGGGCACCGGCGACGGCGGAGUGGAGGAGCUGACGGAAGACCUUAACAGCGGCAAGAUCAUGUACGCCUUCGUCCGCAUAGAGGACCCAAAAACUGGCCUCAACAAGUACUUACUCAUCAACUGGCAGGGAGAGGGCGCACCUGUGCUACGCAAAGGCACCUGUGCCAACCACAUCCGCGACGUAGGAAAUAUGCUUUCAGGGGCCCACCUGACUAUUAAUGCCCGGAACGAGGAUGACAUCGACUUGGAACGGCUCCUCAAGAAGCUGAGCACAGUGAGCUCAGCUUACAGCUUUAAAGAGCCGCGUGGAGUAUUGGAGGAGCAGAAGGCGCCGGUCGGAACCAACUAUACCAGAGUCAUUCCCACCAAAGAGCUCAACGCCAGUGUCAUGCAAGACUUUUGGAAGAAGGAGGAGGCCGAGGAAAAGCGGCGCCUGGAGGCGGAGAAAGAAGCAAAGCGCGUAGAGCUGCAAAAGCUGGAGCUGGAACAACGCAGCCGCGAGGAGAAGGAGCAUAAGGAGCGAGAAAAGUUGGUUAUAAGUACCACUAAGCUCCAGCCGGCCCAUGUCCCCAUAAAAACCUCCCCGCAGCCACUUAGUCCGGAGAAAACUGCACCAGGAUUUGCCAAUAAUCUGACAGACGCGGAGCGCAUGCGUCAAGCAAGAAACCAGGAAGCCCGCGAAUUGAUUGGCUCGCGUGUCGGUGCUGCCAAGGCCAUGUUCACCAAGCAUACCAGUGAGGGCCAGCUCCAGUCAAAGCUCAACACGCAACCACCAGCGAAACCCGCACGCAACUCUAUUGCCCAGAGGAUAAACGUAUUCAACCAAAAUCAGCCUCAAGACGCAUCUGUGCCUUCGCCACCACGCGCAGUGUCUCCCACCCAACCGCUGCCGGUGGAGACUCCCGCAUCAGUUUCUGCUGCUCCUGUGGCCGCCGAGGUUGUCUCGACAAUUGCCGAGGCGGAGGAGACCCAGCCGGUGGACGACUUGCCGCUGGCCCACGAGAGCGAGCAGUUCUCGACCAUCAAGCGGUCGCCGCACAGCAAAACAAACUCACUGCAGUCGCAGUCCCCCGAUGAGACCACGUCUUCCAAUGAAACGGACACGGCUGUAUACCAGGAGCAGGAGGAGGAAGUCCGCACCAAAGUGUCGGUCACUGUGCAGCAGUCUCAAUCGACGAAGACCAGCGGCCUUACCACGUUAGAAAGGAAUGCCCUGACGGAUCUGGUGAACGAAGACGAUUUUAUUUGUCAGGAGAGCCUCGGCGAUUUGGGUCUGCGAGCCCGCGCUCUCUACGACUACCAGGCUGCCGACGAGUCGGAGAUUACGUUCGAUCCGGGCGAUGUCAUUACACAUAUCGAUCAAAUCGAUGAAGGAUGGUGGCAGGGCCUGGGCCCUGAUGGAACCUAUGGACUGUUUCCGGCAAACUAUGUCGAGAUAAUAAACUAGGCGAGUUUCCAAUUGCCAAGCAGCUGGGAAAUCUACACCAACAGCAGGCAGCUUUUAGCCCCUGCAUUUUAGAUCCGGACUAUAGCUACUUAAACACUUUGCCCGUACUACACACUCUUGAACAAUAAUGGGAUACACCUAAAAGAGAUUCAACGAUGACUAUAUGCGACUAUAAGAUUUUUAUCGUACAUCACGCCUCUGUUUUUUACCACAUAUACAUACAUACAUAUAUACAUAUAUCGUAUACUCCUGCCAACCAUACCAUUCAUUUGUUGUUCCCACUUGUGUAUACAUACAUAUUAUACCAUUGUUUUGGCUUUGCUUGCAGAAGCCGUGUUGCGUCCUUUUAAAAUGUUCUUAAGAUAUCUAAUAUAUAGGGUCUCGCCACUCAGUCAGUAUUUAAGAUGCGCUCCAUCCCAGAUCCGGGGCUUUUUGUAUGCAUAUUGUAAUUGGAAUACCGAUAAACAUUAUUUAACCUUUCGAUAAUACAUUUUGGUAAUUGUGCAACAAUAAAAAGUUUGGUCAACAAUA